AUGGAUGAAGAAUUAUAUCAAUACUAUGAGUAUUUACUCAAAUAUGUUCCGCGGUCUGCCGAACUUUUGUUAAGUCAGAACGCAAAGGACGUAGAACACAUCAGAGAACAAAUAAUUUUAACUCAUAGAGCCAUUUCACUUAUACCGACAUUACUUAACAAAACACAAUAUAGUAACUACCUUCCAGACAAAACUGAGCGCCCAACAUUCGUAUUUAAACCCACAUUAGUUGUUCCACCUCGUGUAUCUCCACAAUUACUACAGCAAGCAUCACAUUUAUUUCAAUUCAUUCACUCCAAUCCUAUCGCAUUACUCGAUGCCCUGCUAAAUGAGAAAGAUACUCCUUUAUUUAAUUAUAUAAUCCACUCAUCUCUUCCUUCUUUAUUUGGAUAUUACUCCUCUCAGGAACAUAUCAAUUUUGCAUUUACAUUUUACGCACAGGUUAUCAUGAAAUGCGAUAUUACUGUUGGUUCUGAAAUUUUAAUUCCAUUUUUCAGAACAACAUGUAUACAAAAGUAUAUUGAAAAUACAAUAAAUCCAUUUGCGAUAAGCUUGAUGUCCGAUUCUCGUAUCUCAGGAUCCGAAUUAAACCAAAGUUUUCUCGAAUUUUACAAAAAUUAUUUAAAGACAUUAUUAUUUGGCGCUAGUACUUGCAUCAUGCACUAUCACUCAGUCAUUAUAAAGCUAAUGAAAGACAAUUGGGGCGUUACUGCCACAGGAGAAUUUUUAAUCAACACAAUCAUACGAUAUACAGCAUCCAUUUGGUUUUCUGCCAGUGGAUUUUCCGAAAAACUACCGAUAUUAAACCAAGUUAUCGAUAAUUUCAUAUCAGAUCAGCACUCAUUAGAAGGAAUAGUAAAUAAAAUGAUCGAAACAGACUCAGGAAUCGAAAUACCAGACAUGUAUCACACAUUCAAGCACCAGUACGUAUUAUUCUUAACUACUUCUCAUGAUUUCCUUGCAUUAGCCAAAUUAAUGCAAAAAGUCAUUCAAAUUCCUCAAUCAGUCACAACAAACAAUACAGAAACAAAUCCGAAGAACGCCGUCUUCUGGUUCAAGAUUUUUCCAAAGAGAAAACUCCCAAAUCACCAAAUUAUUCGUCCUUUAGUUUUUUCCAUCCCAGAAAAGGAGCCGCUCGUAAAUCCGAAGUUCGAUACGCUCUGGCGUGAAAUACAGACCCACGCGGACCAAGCAAACAUCGAACCUUUUGAAUUUUUGAUGUCGAAGCGAGAUAUUUAUAAUUUUCCACACGAUCUCUUGGAGUAUACUCUGAAAAAAUCAAUAGAAGCAUUGGAACAUGACGCAACUCUUUUCGAACAGUUAAUGAGAUUUAUGGUUUCGAUAUCCGAGAUGAAGAAAUGGUUUGAGGUUUCCCAGCACUGCCUUGACAUGGUUACAGACCAAGUAGCAACAACUGCAGCGACGCUUUCCUUUAAAAGAGGCUAUCAAAUGAUAAAUUACGCAUUUCAGAAAGCAUCGAAUCUUUUCGAUAGUAAUUACAUAAAACAGAAUCAGUAUAUUAGGCUUUUGCAGAUGUACCUACCGACUUUCAUUGUUGGCGUUGAAAAGAAAUUAGAUAUUUUAGAUUCAUGGUGGAGCUCCAAAAUAGACCAGCUCAACCAGCAGAUCGAUGAACUAGAAUCUCAUUUCCGCGGUCAGGCAGCGAACAACGUGCUCUGGGAUUGCGUAAUGAGGGUUUCUUUAGUCCGACCACAGAAUUUAUUGGUUUCUUUUCGGAUAAUUUUGGAAAUCUGCCAAAGACUAUCGAUGCUCUCCAAGAUAACCGGGAGCUACGAUAUCCGAAUCAUAGGAGAACUCUUCAGGAAGGUCGCAAUCCUAGGAAAAGCGAAAGGUUUGAUGUCCGUGUAUAUUAUUUUGGGAAGUAUAGCUUUCGACAGCGCGUGCUUCAGGGAUCUUUGCUCUGAAGCUGAAGAACAUGGAUGGUAUGCCCUGGAAAGCGCUCUUUUCUAUUAUGUCAAAGAGGAACCUGAAAUUCAAGCGGCAAUGACUGAAGUUCAGGACCAUUUUAGAAAUAUUGAGAAAGAUGGAGAACAGCCAAAGCAAUAA